AUGCUCUUCAGCCUCAAGGAGCCCAUCCCGGGCAUGGGCGGAUACACCGUCUUGGAGGCCAUACUCGACAAGGUCCGGGACGAAGCUUACAACGAGGGUCUGAACACGGGUUACGAGGAGGGAUACGAGCAGGCGGGGUAUGAGAUGGGAGAGCAGGCCCGGCAGGCGCAGGGACGGCAGAGGGGACGUGAGGAUGGAGACCGGGCCUCGGAGGAGGAGCAGGACGAGUGCCGCGACCGUGGUUAG